AUGGAGAAUAUCUCCAUUUUGAAUGGCGCUCUACCGGCCUGUAACAACUCUGUGGACCCUUAUUCCCUCACAUCUGUGAACAGCACGGACCUGAACUGCACCUCUCCCUCAGACUUUUACUUCUACGCCGACCUUUAUGUCAUCUUACCAAUCAUCUACUCUGUGAUCUGUGCUGUGGGACUGACAGGCAACACGGCUGUCAUCUAUGUCAUUCUCAGAGCCCCCAAAAUGAAAACGGUCACCAACAUGUUCAUCCUGAAUUUGGCUAUUGCCGAUGAUUUGUUCACGCUGGUGUUGCCAAUCAGUAUUGCUGAACACUUACUAAAUUAUUGGCCUUUUGGAGAGGUUCUGUGUAAAGUCAUCCUUAGCAUAGACCAUUACAACAUCUUCUCUAGCAUCUACUUCCUGACAGUCAUGAGCAUUGAUCGCUAUCUGGUCGUCUGGGCAACAGUGAGGUCUAAGCGUAUGCCUUACCGUACCUAUCGGGCAGCCAAAAUCAUCUCACUCUGCGUCUGGAUUCUCGUCAUACUCAUUGUCAUGCCCUUCACUGUUUUUGCUGGGGUCUACAACUCAAACGAUGGGCGGAAGAGCUGUGUGUUGAGCUUCCCAAGCCCCGAGAACUUAUGGUUCAAAACGAGUCGAAUCUACACGCUCGUUCUGGGUUUUGCCAUCCCAGUGUCUACCAUCUGCAUCCUGUACACCAUGAUGCUCUAUAAGCUGAGAAAUAUGAAGCUUAACAGCAAUGCCAAGGCUCUAGACAAGGCCAAGAAGAAGGUCACCAUCAUGGUUUUUAUCGUCUUGGCUGUCUGCUUGUUCUGUUGGACCCCGUUCCACCUGAGCACCAUUGUAGCUCUGACCACAGACCUGAGGACCACACCACUGGUGAUUGGAAUUUCAUAUUUUAUUACCAGCCUGAGCUACGCCAACUCCUGCCUCAACCCGUUCCUCUAUGCCUUUCUGGACGACAGCUUCAGGAAAGCUUUCACAAAGAUGCUGGAGUGCCGACCAGCUUGAAGGUGCAACAAAUCAACCUCUGGAACAAGGCUGCACUCAUCUCUGAUUCGCUGAGAACAAACUGGGAAGACGAAGCAGAUUUAAUCAGAUCAGAAAGAGAGUUUUUACAAGGAUGCAUACAUUUUAUUUACAUACAACUCAUGAAACAAAAAAUGUAAAGAAUCCAGGGCCUAGCUUUCCUUGAGCAAAUUUAAUUAAUUUAACCUUUAUUUAU